CUCUUGGGGAGGAGGUCUGUUCUAAUUCUGGCCAAUCAAAGGGACAGUUAAUUUUCUCUGCUGCUCAGUGACUCGGCCUGUCAGGCCCAUUUGUUAGAAUAAUUAUAUGGCUGUUAACAGCAUCCCAGCUUAAAAUAAAAUUAGUGCUGCAUUGGUUUAAAGCAGCAGAGGCAUCGCAUAAAACCACUGCAUAAGAUCUAAACAGAAAAACCUUUGGAUGACGAAACAUUUAGAUUGCCCUCAAACUGUUACUUCAUGUUAAACUCCGAGGUCUUUUGCUUUUUAGAUUACAAUCAGGCGACUGUGGUUUAGUGGGUGAGGGGUCCUGGACAGAGACAGAGACACACACAGUAUCUCUGUCCUCCCUCUCUCUGCUGAGAGUGAGCCGUGCUCCUCUGGUCUAUUUUGAGGUGCUCUUAUCACAGCUGUUGUAUCUGUGGUGGCAGCCUGUCCAAGCCCCUCGACACUCUUCCUUUUCCCUCUCUGGCCCUUGGUCCUGUGCUCGCUCAGAAUAAUGGAGGCUUGUCAGGAGAGCAUCCCUGCACCCAUUGGUCCUGAGGCAUCGCCAGCCCAGGGUCACCACAUUGACCUGACAGAAGACCUGGCCCAGCAGCUGGAGGACAUCAUUAGCACCUACCAGGAUGCAGAGAUUCCCGCUGAGCCAGAGGACACGGAGGAGGUCACAGCCGUCAAAGAGACAGACUCCCGCAAGGACCAGAAACUGGAGAAGAAGAUGCUCAAAAACCUGGGGAAGGAAGCCAUGCUGCUGAUGCAAAGCUUGAACAAACUCAACACUCCAGAACAGAAACUGGAAGCCAUCAUCAAGAAGCACGCUGAGCUGUUGGAGGAGCAUCGGAGUGAUCAGAAGCAGCUUAAAUUCCUGCAGAAGAAGUUGCUCCAAGUGAUGAAGGAGAAGGAUCAGCUGCAGAGCGAGCACAGCCGCGCCGUGUUAGCACGCAGUAAACUGGAAGGGCUCUGCCGAGAGCUGCAAAGGCACAACAAGACCUUGAAGGAAGAGACCCUCCAGAGGUGCAGAGAGGAUGACCUGAAGAGGAAAGAGAUCACAACCCACUUCCAGGGGACGCUGAGUGACAUACAGGCCCAAAUCGAGGAACACAGCAGCCGAAACACCAAACUGUGUCAGGAGAACAGCUCUCUGGCAGAGAAACUGAAGGGGCUCAUUUCACAGUACGACCAGCGAGAGUCGAACCUGGAAAAGGUUUUCAAACACAGAGACCUGAAAGAGAAGCUGUUGGAAACCAAACUCACGCAGGCAAACAUGAUGCUGAAGGAGGCCGAGGAGAGGCACAAGCUGGAGAAAGAGCUUAUGCUAAAACAGGCUGUGGAGUAUAAAACUCAACUGAAAGCCCUGAGGGGACAAGAGAGUGAUAUGAGGACCCAGCUCGAUAUGUACUCAAGGAAGUUUGAUGAGAUCCAGGGCACGGUAUCAAAGAGCAACAGUGUCUACAGCGGCUUCAAACAGGAUAUGGACAAAAUGGCCAAGAAAAUGAAAAAGCUGGAGAAGGAGUGUCAGUCUUGGAAGACUCGCUUUGAUGGCUGCAACAAGAGUCUUGUUGACAUGGUGUCAGAUAAAGCAAUCAAGGAAAAGGAGUUCGAGCUUGUCACUUCCAAGAACCAGAAGCUUGAGAAUCUAUGCAGGGCUUUGCAAGAGGAGAGGAAAAGUCUAUAUGAGAAGGUGCAGGGAGCCGGAAGCCAACUGGACAGCAGCACUACUGAACCAACAGAGAAAGAGUGCCCUGAGGUGCUGGAGACCCCGAAAGACCCAAAGGAUGACCAACCCGCCCAGAAAGCUGAAACCCCUGAACCUGAACCUGCGACCACUGCUGGGAAACAAACAGUUGAAUCUCCGCUCAACAAGGAACUGGCUAAACUCAAGUCCGAGCAGGCCCACCUGAAAGAGAUCGCCAGUUCUUUCACCAUCUCUCAUGUUGUACCGACAGAAACACUAGCCAGCCAAUCACAAGGACUCUCUGAGGGCGCCCAGGAGCCAGAGGAGCAUCACAUAGAGGAGAGCAACGGCGAACACCUUCCGAAGGUCGAGGAGGACAAAUUCCAAGAUCAAAGGGAUCUGGAAAUGGAGUCCGUUGAUUAAUGCUGCGACUGCUGUGAAAAAAGCAAAUAUAAUUCAUGUGAGAUUCUUAGCAAUAAAAAGAAAAAUGCUGGCUUUGUGCUCAGUGUCUGCUCCUCAUGUGUAAAGAUUUAAGAGAAGGUUAAUUUAAGUCUCUGCAAAAAGCUGCCAAAAAACACUUAACAAUUCAAAGCUUUUUUAACA